AUGGCAGACCUAAAGCAACCUAUGAAAAGGUGCCAUGACAGAGUGGUUCGGAGAUUGACAACCAACGUAGUGGCAGCCCCAAAUAGACAUAAACGCGUAAUUCUUAGAAACUCAACAAAGUUAUACAUUGCUGCGGAGAGUAGGACUUUGUCUUGUAGCAAGAAAGAGAGGAUGGUUGGAAUUGCUAAGGAGCUUGAAAUGUUCAGGGCACCAGAGCAAAUGAAAGCUCGACAUGCUCUAUAUUUCAGGCACCAAGGCACUAGGGCCGUAACAUAUUGGAAGAGGAUCAGGAUACAACAUAUAUUUCAGACCGUGGCGACCAUAGGCAUAGAAAAAAUUCAUUUUUGUUCUAGAAGGACCAUACUCUGCCUAGUUGAGGACCAAAAAGUUAUGUUGAAAGUGGCGAUGGAAUUUGAUAAGGAUCUUCUUAAGCGGGAGGACCGGAGGAGAGAGGAGCUGUCUUUGAAAGAUGGUUUUUGGAAGGAAGAUGAGGAAGGAGAACAUGCUGCUCACAGCUGA